AUGACCCGGGCCCCGGCACAGACGUUGAUUCUGGGGCGAGCGGGUCUGACGAGGUCUCGAUGGCUACAAACGAUCCUGCUGUGCCGAAGCCGGGGCCCUAGAUGGUACCGUAUACCUGGCUCCCCCGACAUCAACGUCAUCACCCUCAACUGCUGGGGCCUCAAGCACAUCUCCAAGCUCCGCGACCAGCGCUUCCCCGAAAUCGGCCGCCGCAUCGCCUCCGCCUCCCCGCAGCCGCACGUCGUCGCCCUCCAGGAAAUCUUUUGCCAGGAAGACUACCUCACCAUCCGCCGCGAGACCCGCUUCGUCCUCCCCUAUGGCAAAUACUACCACGGCGGCGCCUUUGGCGCCGGCCUCGCCAUCCUCUCCAAGUGGCCCAUCGAGGAGAGCUCCAUGGUCGCUUACCCCUUAAACGGCCGCCCCACCGCCUUUUGGCGCGGCGACUGGUACGUCGGCAAAGGCGUCGCCUGCGCCAAGAUCCGCUUCGGCCCCGGCCGGCGAGACGUCGUCGAGGUCUUCAACACACAUCUCCACUCCCGAUACUCCGGCGACCAAGCCCACACCUACGACUGCCACAUCGCCUCCCAAGCCUGGCACAUCGCCAAGCUCCUCCGCGGCGCCGCCGAGCGCGGCCACCUCGUCCUCGCCCUCGGCGACUUCAACAUCCUCCCCGCCACCCUCCCCUACCGCAUCAUCACCGCCCACGCCCCCGUCCGCGACGCCUGGCGCCUCCUCCACCCGGACAGCGCCCUCGGCCCCGCCCACCACCCCGCCGAGAUCGCCCGCCGCCGCCCCAUCCCCACCGCCGACUACAACCUCGCCCACAACGGCGCCACCUCUGACAACGUCUCCAACACCUGGCGCUGGGACUCCACUCAGAAACGCCUCCUCGCCCGCGGCCUCGACCACGCCGCCAUCGUGCCCCGCGACUCCAUCGACAAGCCCGGCAAGCGCCUCGACUACCUCUUUUUCGGCUCCGGCGACCUCGUCCCCUCCGACUCCGCCGGCUGGGUCGUCCGCCGCAUGCGCGUCGGCAUGACCGACCCCCACCCCACCGCCCGCUGCUCCCUCAGCGACCACUACGCCGUCGAGGCCACCCUCUCCUUCCACAUCAUCCCCUCGCCCCCUUCUCCCACCCCGGCGCCUACCCCGCGCUCCACCGGCUCCACCGUCGCCGCCCUGUCCAACGGCACCUAUCUACGCACCCAGGACGACAGAGACAUCCACCGCGCCACCGCACAGCUCCACUCCGCCAUACUCGCCAGCACAGACUCCUCUUUCUCCACCGCCGCCUACGACGAACUCCUCGCCCUCAUCGCCUCCUACACCCGCCGCGAGCUCGCCCAGCGCUCCCGCCGCUCCGCCCACUUCUUCGCCUCCCUCGUCGUCCUCGUCGGCUGCCUCCGGGUCUCGUGGGCGUCUCUUAUCCUUGAGCCCGUACGCCCGUACGAAUUGCUUGAGCACAUCCCGCUCCCGAGAGAAGAGUCCCUUUUCCCCGUCAAUCUUCUUGUCCACCGUGCGAGGGUCGUAGGGGGCAUCGACGAGUUUGACCGCUGCGGCAUGCACCUCUUCUCGCAUACCCCUGAGCAGAGCCUGAACAUCACCAAGGCCUAG